UGGCUCAUAUAAACAUACGCGGUGACCGCGGGUCGUGUCUUUGGAGUUUCCUUACAGACCAGCGUAUCAUGCAGUUACCAGCGUCCACGUCCUUCCGACCUUGCGGAAUAGCUCACGUGCGGCCCAAUCAGAGCGACGUCUAUCUGCCUUUGGAGAGGGCUGGCGUCCAUGCGGACGUCAUCGAUGUUUCUGCUAUUGUCACCAUAACUCAGCACUUCUGGCAAUACUCACCUGAUGGGCUCGAGCGCGCCAAAUAUAUUUUUCCCGUCCCCGCACGCGCCGCGGUCUGUGCAUUCAAGAUGACCGCGGCGGAUGGCAUGGUUAUCACAGCAAUUGCGAAAGAGAAAGAGAAGGCCAAGCGAGAGCAUGAAGCUGCCAUCACCCAAGGGUAUAUGACUGGUCUCGUCGAGCAUGUCGACGAUGACGUCUUUUCCAUCUCUCUUGGAGCACUUCCCGGGCAGCAAACGAUCUCAACCGAGAUUACCUAUGUCCUCGACCUCAUGGACGACGAUAUCUUGGACCAAGUCAGGCUCCAAAUUCCCAUGUAUGUCGGAAUGCGCUACGGGACUUUGCCCGAAGGCAUGCAAGGCGCGCAUCAGGCCCCUCCCCAUCGUAUCAACAUCUCCGUCGACGUGCGCAUGCAGGGCACAGUGAGAAACAUCCUCAGCCCGACAUACCCUUCAGUCAUUCUCUCGGACAGUACCGCGGUAUAUGCGUCCCGCAGCGCUCAUUAUUUCUCUGCAGACUUCUUGCAACGGGACUUCGUUUUAUCCAUUCUGGCCGACGGGCUGGACGCGCCGCGGUGCUUCGCACAGAGGGCAAAGAACGGAUUCACGGCAAUUCAGCUGAACAUCGUCCCGAAGUUUAACCUGCAGCCGAUUCCGCAGCAAGAAUACAUCUUCCUCGUGGACCGGAGCGGAAGCAUGGGCGGGAGCAGAAUCCAGACCGCGAAGAAAACGCUGGUGAUGCUCCUCCGGGCUCUCCCUAGCCAGGGCACCCAUAUCAACAUCUUCAGCUUUGGGAGUCGGUGCGAUAGCCUGUGGAAUCGGAGUGUGCUGUAUGAUGAGAGCGCGCUUGGGAUUGCUACGGGAUAUGUGGACAACAUGUGGGCGGAUUAUGGGGGUACGGAGACCUUGAAGGCCCUGAACCAAGUGUUUAAAUCUCGUAGGAUGGACACGCCAACGGCCUGCUUUGUCUUAACCGAUGGCGAGUCGCAUGAUACCAACCGCAUAAUUGAAGCCGUCGACAAAUCCGUACAGAAGGCGCGGCCCAAUGCGAGUCUCCGGGUGUUCACCCUCGGCAUCGGCAACACAACGUCCAGCGCGGUGUGCGAAGGCAUCGCUCGGGCGGGGAACGGUGUCUGCUUGAUGGCCACAACCUCCGAGAGCAUCGUUGGAAAAUGCUCGAAGCUAGUGCGCGCCAGUCGGACGUACAUCCUCAAGAACGUCUUUGUCGACUGGGGCGUCGGCACGGACUUGAACAGGCUGAGGGCUGUUCGCCAGGCACCCGCACCAGUCUCGGCCAUCUACCCCGGAAACCGGUUCAUUGUCUUUGCGCUCGUUGAGGACGAGAAGUUUACACUUCCGAGAGAAGUCGUUAUCCGCGCGCAGCGCGAUGGACAGGGCGAAGUGCUUCAGUUCCGUAUUCCGGUGCAGAUUGUCGAGUUCCCUCCCGACCACCCACACCCGCAGUUGAUUCCUACUCUCGCCGCUCGCCGCAUUAUCAUGGACCUCGACGACAAAAGCCGGACACAAUGCCCUCCAGACAUCAAAACGACCGUAAUCAAGCUUGGCACGGAAUACCAACUCGCUAGCAAGUUCACCUCGUUCGUCGCCGUCGACAGGCGCACCGAGGAACAAAUCAUGGGACAAAUCAGGGAAGGGGUGAGAUUGGGGCUUCCAAGAUACGUACCACCAUACGACCCCACCAUUGAAAAUGACAGUGGUGAGGAGGAGUGGGAUGCUGUAAUACCACAAAGCGUUGACUACAGCUUGCUGGAGGCACGAGGCCUGCCGCGUGCACGGGGCGCGCCGCCACCGUAUGGUGCUACACCUCCAGUACCAACCGUAGUCUCCGCUCAGCCAGCAAUGGUCACACCUAGUUCCCGUCCGGGAAUGGUUGCACCUAGUUUUCGUUCGGCGAGGGCUUUCGCAUCUCCAGCCGAGGGUGCUCCCGUCAUCAUUCCUCCUGUGGGAGCCCUAGGGGUCUCUCCGGCAGGGUUUGUGCCCGAUGAUCCUCUCGCAAGGGCCAUACACAAUACUUCUCGCGCGGGGGCUAGUAUGGUACCCGCGAAACGAAACAGCGCGAACCUUGGCUCGUCUCUCAAAAACGCCCUUUCCGGCAUUUCCCUGCGCAGGUCCUCAGACGCAUCCAGCCCAUCGUCGCCACAACGCCGCAGCAGCGGUAUCUUCGGUAGCCUCCGCGGUGGGUCAUCCUCGCAAUCUGCUCCGCCGCCAGCGACCAGCCACGCUGUGCGCAGGCAGCAGGUGGACCCGGGCCCUACGUCUUACAACUUGCCACCAAUAAUAAUGAUGACGCGAGAUACUGAGCCGGUUGCGUCCCAACCGUUAUCCUUACAUGCUUUCUCAGAGGAGUACGGGGCGUCUCCUGUCACCUCGCACACCGCCGAGGACAUGGUCGUCGGGUUGGUCCGCUUUCAGUCGUUCGACGGGUCAUUCCCGCCUACAGCGCAGCUCGAGGCGAUCGUCGGGAAGAACUUGCUAUCUGAGGCGGAGAAGCUGGAGGUCGAUCCGAAGGUGUGGGCAACGGUGCUCGCGGUCGCGUACCUCAAGAAGUACAUGAGGGACCAGCCGGAGCUCUUGGACGGUCUGGCGGAGAAGGCGAUGGAAUUUUUGUCUCGGAUCCAGAAUGACACCUUGCAGACUUUGCUUGCUCGCGCUGAUACCUUAGUUGCGUGAACUCAUACUCGUUCUCAUCUACUUAAUUCGUGCAUCGUGCAUAUGUGGAUCAUCGACUCCCAGCAUGUAGCAAGGACUUUAAUGUCGGGUUCCUGCAUGUUACUAGGUUAUUCUGGCUGUCAGUAUAAAGUCUGCAAC